CUUUCUUCCUCUCUUCUACCUUCAACCUGUGACUUGUCACCACCGUCAGCAUUCUUACCUACAGCUCACCGCUCCAGGUCUUGCCGGAUUUCGUUGAGUUCCCUGCUACUUCACUGUUGCAGCCUCACCGGCCCAGUCAUUCGCUCACUUCACAUUCAUUCACUCACUCGACCACCCAAGGUCUUAAAAUCGUCACUCUUUCCCCCCAUCAUCAGCCUCUCCCUGACCUGCGUCAUUCUCUUCGCAAGGAACGCAACGCUCUCCACAGCAAAUCUUCCUUCUCAUCCCUUUGGAGGUCCCUUUUACAGAGUGUAGUCCUUCGUUCAGACAACCUCCCACGUACACACAUCUCUUCCAACUCUCUCACACUCUUUUUGAUUUGUCUGUCUGCCAACGAUCAACUUGUCCUACCUAAUCUAUAAUACCAAACCACACACCACCCAAACAAAACAAGAUGAAGUUCACUAUCUCGGCUGCCGCCCUCCUGGCCUUUGUCAGCUCUGCCCUCGCACAGGCGACGGAGGGCUUCGAUGCCAUCACCUCCCCGACCGAAGACGAGGUCCUCACCGCGGGCACGACCUUCACCAUCACCUGGGAUCCUACUGCUGCGUAUGAUGAUGAGACCGUGAGCAUCAUCCUCCUGCAGGGUGCGACACAGGGAACCCUUGAGCUCGGUCCCACCGUUGCUUCAAGCAUCGACAGCUCCCUCGGCACAUACUCGUGGACCGUAGACAGCUCCAACGUCGGCUAUGCGCUUACUCUUUCCCCUUCCAAAUCGAAGGCUCCACCAGCUCCACCAGCUCCAGCAUCCCCGUGA